AUGACGGUCAACUAUUCCCUCGAUGUCUCAACAUCUUCCUUUUUUUGUCUCUACAGGUUGCUCUUUCGAUGGAGGGGAUCAGUUUGGAAAAGCGUUUGGACAGAGUUGGCGACAUGGCUGGCCGUCUAUUCGUGUCUUUCUUUCACAUACAGAAUGAUGCUCGACAAGGAACAAAGAGCUAUUUUCGAGGAUCUGUGCAUCUUUUUCUAUGCCUAUUCUGAUUACAUCCCAAUCACUUUCAUGUUGGGUUUCUAUGUGUCAACGGUGUUCACGCGUUGGUGGGACGUUUUCAUGAAUAUUGGAUGGGUGGAUAGCCCAAUGCUGCUUGUCUCUUGCCUGAUUCGAGGAGCCGAUGUGCGAGCGAGGAUCAUUCGUCGCAAUAUUAUGAGAUACCUCGUCCUCACCCAGGCCCUCGUCUUUCGUGACAUCUCUGCUUCAGUAAAAAAACGUUUCCCUACUGUUCAACAUCUUGUCACUGCCGGCCUAAUGACCGAAGCUGAAAUGAAAGUGUUCGAAGCGGUUGAAUCACCGCAUGCAAAAUAUUGGCAACCAAUGCACUGGGCUUUCUGCUUGUGUCGAUGUUCACGCGAGGAGGGACUCAUUUCGUCUGAUAUUUUGCUUAUGGACUUAUUAGAUAAAUUACGACAAUUCCGCGUGAACGUGAUGAAUUUGACGAUGUAUGACUGGGUGCCGGUGCCGUUAGUUUACACGCAGGUCGUUCACAUCGCCAUCCGCACCUAUUUCUUCUUGGCCAUUUUCGGGCGUCAAUACAUCGAUCUUUCAGCAAGAGAUCAAGCAGCUAUGCCAAAAACUAUCGAUAUCUACAUCCCAAUCAUGACCAUUCUCCAAUUUAUCUGCUUUGUCGGUUGGAUGAAAGUGGCUGAGGUGUUGCUGAAUCCGUUAGGCGAAGAUGAUGACGAUUUUGAGUGUAAUUGGAUCUUGGAUAGGAAUCUGCAGGUAGCCUUCUCUGUGGUCGACGACGCCUAUGGGAAAUUUCCGCCUGAUGCAAAGGAUCCAUGGUGGGAAACCUCUCAUCCCGAGCCACUUUACACAGCCGAAAGCGCUGCCCGACCACCAAACCCCCAAAUGGGAAGCUGCAAAUUUAUGCCAACCGAAGACGAUGAUUACAUGGUUCGCCCCCAUAUUCGCAUAAACGCAAACAACAAUGAGCCGAAAAUGAUGUGGGAUGAGUUGGAUGGAGACGAUAUUGUACCGAUUGAAAGGCGAAAUCAUCAAAAAAAUGAGAAUGAGAAUGGAUCGAUCGAUUAUUUGAAUCGAUUGUCAGAGAAGAAAUUGGGAGCACUGUCGAGAUUGAGACGGCAUUCAGGGUUGGGACCACAGUUGCCCAAACAGAGACGAGGCUCAAGCGCCUCAACAGCAACUCCGCGAAAGAAACGAUCGAUGAGCAGCAUGUUUAUGAAUGAUUGGGCGACCACUGGGAAACAGCCACCACCAAGCAGUCGUCACUCAUCUUUUUCUUCACUAAACUGUCAUGAUGGAUUAACGAUUUCUCCAUCGAUUCCAAAUGGACAUUUGCCUAGUCCAGAUCUUGGAUAUAAUGAAGAAAGACCAAGAAGCCCAAAUGCUUGGAUGAUUGACGAGAAUCGAAUGCCGGUGAUUACAGAGGAAGAGAUGAGGAGAAGAGAUUCGAGGAGUUCGUAUCCAGAUAUUCAGUGUAGACGAUGGUGGAGUGCCCAUCCCUUUUUGCUCAUCCCCGUCCAGACUCGUGCUCGUCGUGUGCUUGCGGUGACGAUUGCAGGGGUAACUGGAAAA